UCACGUGACUAAAACGGAAGUCUCGUUUUAAACAUCUUGACCUCAGCAGCAUGAGAAAGGCAUGCUUUUAGGAUUACUUUUCAGUGGGUUGUUUUACUUUAAUUUCUGUAAACUUUUAUUUUUUUGUUCGUUAUGGAUGCUAAUCUGCUGCAGUGGAAAAACCAAGGCCAGUCUUUCCUCAGCAGGUUGAGGACGUGGGUUUGUCUCCUGGAUCCAUCCCUGCUGCUCUCCUCUAAUGCUGAAAUACUGAAAGCCCAUUCUCUUAUUGGAAGUACAGAGAAGCUGGAUGGAAAGGAUGAAGCGGCAGUGAACCUCUCACUUUCUUCUUCCCACCCUGGUUCUGGUGCAGUUCUUCCACUUUUCUUCCGCCCUCCAGCAUAUCUACCAAUAUCAGGACCUUUGGUCGUUGCGAGUCUUUUGCCUCACAGCGGAGUCAAAGCGGCGAUGUUCUGGCAGUUUUUGCUGCAGAGUUACAACGCCGGGUUCAGCUACGUCCACAGAAACUCUUCAACAGAGAAGGAGAAGACGACGUCACUAACGCAGCUUCUGCUCAUGGUGGGAACCGUUUCCUACACGACGUGUGCUGGGGCUCUUCCUCAGAUUUUUAUCGACAGACUCCGCAUAAGAAGCCCUCCGCUGCAGACGCUCUGCAGGUCCGUUCUGCCCAUCCCGCUGUCAGCUGCUCUGGCGUUCUUCAACGUUCUCACCGUCAGACACCAGGAAACGGAAACGGGGAUCCAAGUGUUCGAUUGUAACGGAAACCCUGUUGGUGUCUCCAAAGCAGCAGGGUCAAAGGCCGUGUGGGAAACUGCGCUGUCGAGAGCUGUGCUGUUUGGGACGACUGCUGUUGUUCCUAACCUGCUGGUUUUAUUCCUACAAAGGAGUAGAUUUUUCCAGAGGAACUCUCUGCUGAUGGCGCCGUGUCGCCACAUCAGCGUGGCGCUCGUCUUCGGAUUGAUGAUCCCCGUCUCCUUCAGCCUCUUCUCGCCGGCGGGAACGAUAAACCGGGAGAGCGUGGAGGAGGAGCUGCAGGCCGGAGCGUCGGGCCAAACGUUGUUCUACCACAGAGGACUGUGAGGAGCAAAACCUCUGGAAACAUCCAUCCAUUUUCUUUCACCCUUGUCCCUCAGUGGGGUCGGGAGGGUUGCUGGUGCCUCUCCAGCUAACG